AUUUCUAGAUGCUCGGCAGACAGGGAAUUUUCGACAAGAUUGUGUCACUCUUGGAUACAAGAUAUCAGUGAUUACAGCUUUUUAAGAUAUAAAUGCAUCAGGAUUAGAGCAAACGUUACUUUGGAUUUGGUAGAUCAAGAUCCGAUGAGAAAUACAAAUCGUCUUCAGUUGUUGAAAUAUCAAACUGCCUCUGCACAAUAUAUAUGUACACAACGGUUUUGCAUAAAGAAGAUUCGAAAUUGAUGGCUCUUGAUUAAUGUAUGUAUUAAGUUUGCACUACACUCACAUCAUAACGUGCGGAGCUUCUUCGCAUGAUACGUGUCACGUUCAAAGUAUGACUCGCGGAAUUCGCAUAAUAAUAACGAAACGCUUCCUUUUCGUCCCUGCCACUUGAAAGAAAAAAUAAUAAAAAUAUAUAUCUUGUAUAAAUAAAUGCUAUGACACUUAAAAUGAACGGGACAUUUGCAAAAGUGCGCGUGUCUAGAAAGGCCUUAGAUACGUAACAGCUAACAGAUGAAUGAGAUGACAAGAGAACGUCCCAUUCCGUUUAUAAAAUUGUUUAAACUGCACAAUUUGAAUCAUAAUAUGCACAUAAUAAUUAAAAUACGCAUGCUUUUAUAUUAUAAGAAUGUUAUGCAAGAGCUGUUGGCGAAUAUAUAUUGAAAACAUAAAAAACAUGAUAUUUUCGUUAUUUGCAAUAAGUGAAACAAAAAAAAUGGUUGCACAGAAAGUUUUUUUAAGAGUAUCUUGUAACUGAAAAAUAUAACAUUGUAUUAUAUCGUAUGGAGAUGAUGAAUUUACGUGAAACAAUGGAAAUUUCCUAGCAAAACCGUAGGCUUCGAGAUGCACAUUGUGCUCGACAGUCCGGCUAUUAACUACGACUAUAAGCGAGCAAUUAAAAUAAUUUUGUGAUGGUGCCGACAGAACGCUCACAGAGAGAAUUAUUAAAGGCAAUGGUGCGAAUGGAUGAAACGUUGAAAGUUCCCUGCAGUUCUCUCUGAGCACAUUGUCCUUCUACAGUUCUAUUGAUAGGUGUGAAAUGCAGUUCUUUGAUGGGCGGAAUUACAGGAUCAAUAAAGUCCUUCUAUCGUGUGUCGGACAAUGGCCAUAUCAAACGAAUAGAAGUAGCAAUGCUAUUAUUGUCAUCAUAGUGUCUUUAGCUGGCACGCAAUUUAUCGCCAAGAUAUGUGGUUUACUCUCUAUUGACAACGUUGAUGUAUUUAUCGAUUCUCUUUCACCAAUGGUAGUCGAUAUAGGAUGUGGAGUAAAAUUAAUCACUUGCAUCUUAAAAGCAACAGAGAUCAGAGCACUUUUCGAUCAAAUACAAUACGAUUGGCAAUUAUUAAUGACAUCUCCAUACAUCAAGAUUCUUAAGAAUUAUGCGCAAAAUGGGCGGACGUUUACAAUCAUAUACGCGAGCGCCUUUUAUUCCGCGCUGGUGUUCUUCAUGUUAGUACCAUUGCAACCAUUAUUACUGGGUUCUUCUUCAAAUGAUACAGCUCGACCAUUGUUACACCAAGUUGAGUACUAUAUCGAUAUGGAGAAAUAUUACUUUCCAAUCUUAAUUCAUGGAUACGUUACAGCCGUCAUUUGUGUAAGCAUAGCCAUCGCGGCAGACACAAUGUACGUAAUAGUAGUGCAGCAUGUCUGUGGACUAUUUAUGAUCAUCGGGCAACAACUUGAAAAAUCAGUAAAAGAAGGUAAUCUAGAAAUAAAUUUUAAACCAUCUAUAAAAGAUGAUAAGCCGUAUGAAAAUAUAGUAAACAACAUUUAUGCACACAAGAGAGCUCUAAGAUUUGCCAGUCUCAUUGAAGCAGCUUUCAGCCAAAUGUUUCUUAUAAUAGCGGGUUUCAACAUGCUCAUCAUAAGUAUGACAGGCGUUACUGCAGUUACAAAUGUGGACCAGCCAGAAGAGUUUUUAAGACAAAUAACAUUCUCAUGCGCAUUAUUAGUGCAUCUAUUUUUUGAGAGUUUUCAAGCGCAACGUCUAAUCGACCACAGCACAUAUAUUCACACCAGUUUAAUGAACAUAGCAUGGUAUCAAACUUCAUCUAGAACAAGGAAAAUCUUAAUUUUUAUGAUAAUGAAAACGCGAGAACCUUGUGUAUUAACAGCAGGAAAAAUGUUUGUUAUAUCUAUGGAUACGUUCUCUACGAUUGUACGUACAUCGGUGUCAUAUUUUACAAUGUUGCGGUCGGUGCAAUAGUUGAUUUCUUGAACAAG